UCCCGGGACCCGGGCGUGUGGAACCAGGCGGCUCCGGAUUUUAUGCCGCUUGCACGGCCGUCUGAACGUGCGUUUCUCACGGUGGCUUUUGCAGCAGCGGUUGCACUUCGCUCCGCUUUUGCAAGUUUCUGCCCAGAGAUGCCAGCUGGAGCCCUGGAGCAGUGAAGGGCUGGCGGGGCGGGAGGGGCCUCUGAGCCGCCGGGACCCCCCCUCGCUUUGCUUCCUGGCGAUCUCGGACUUCUACGGAGUUUUUACGGCGCCCCAGCGUCGUUGCCCUUCCGAACCCCUCCUCCCCCCUCUCUCCUGCGCCCGGUUGGCGCAGCAGCUGCCGGGGGAAAAGCACCGCCCGCAUCCCGACCGCCAUCCGAAGCUCAACAGGCUCCGGGCUGGACGGAGGUUAAAACCCCUGCAUUUUCCACAAAUACAAACAGCGGACUAACCUUUGGGCCAUGAAGCUGGAGAGGAGUAGAUUUCUGGGACAUCUGUUUACCGAAAAGAAGACCCAAAGCUGACGAAAACAACAUAGGAACCGCCUCUACACUCUUUGCUGAGCUUCAAGGACAAAAAAAAAAAAAAAAGAUUUAAGGUCCAUGAAACACAGAAUUUUCCUUCUACUAACCCCUUAAAAAGACUGGAAUUUUGGUCUGUGUGCAUGUUUUGCUUUAAAAUAUCACCCACAGAGAAAACACAUUGCAUUUUUAGCGCUUUUUAAAAAAAAACACAAGCAUAAGUUUCUUUUAUUGUAAGGAUAGCGUCAAUAUUUUUUUUUCUUUAAAAAAAAGGUCUUUGUAUUCCUUUUUUUCUGGGAUAAGAAAGAGAUUCCCUUUAAAACAAACAAAAAAGGGGAGUGUUGUCUGUUGAUCCUUAUCCAGAUCCGGAAUAGAUCGAAGCUUGCAAGUGAAGGUAAUGCGAGAAACCCCUGGGUUUUAAAUAAUUGAGUAUAAAAUCGGGGAGAAAAAUGGCAGAAUUGAAAUUUCAAUGACCCUCCCAGGAACUGGCAAGUGAAAAAAAACCAAAUCAAUUAAGGGACAAUUUGCAUCCAGUGUUCACCAGUGCCUAGCCAAAGGAAAAAAGACUCAGGGCCAAUAAAACCUGGGGCCAUUUUUAUGAAACGGGGGUCUGUUUAUAGCAAAGAUCAGAAAAGAAUCUGUUGAGGGCAAACACGGGACCCAGCUUAAAUUUUCUGCAAAGUUUUCAGCUACUGGAAAGGAAAACUCUUAACAUCCCCACUGUUGAUGAAAGAGACUUGUAUUUUUUUUUAAGUUGGUGAAGAGGUCCUUUGGGGUCCCUGUCCAGAAAUAGACAGCUUAACCCUUUUUGGACAAACCUUGAAUCUGAUUUGAGAAAAAUUGAGAAUUAAGAAGCCAAAGGACGAUUCUUCUUGAUGGAGACCGACGUGCCAGCUGCAGAGGAAGCUCGGCAGGAGACGGAGCCCACCGAAUCUGGGGGUCCUGAGCCCGCGGAGGCUGGGGUGGGUGGCGAGGAGGGGGCUGCUGCUGCUCUCCCUGCGGGGGGUGAAGAGGAGACCCCAACCCACCUGACCCACGACGGUGCCCAAAGCGUCACGCAGACAGACAACGGGCAGCUCUCGCCUGUAGAAGCAGCGAAAGGGGAGCAAACAGAGGGACCCCCAGCCCCAAAGGAGGAGGCUUCCCCUCUGCCAGCCUCCCAGAGCACCCCUCUGGUGCCCGCCAGCUGCAGCGCCCCCGGGGAUGCCCCCAAGCCGCACACGUCUCCAGCCAGCCAGCCCAAUCCACCGGACUUCUACUGUGUGAAAUGGAUCAGCUGGAAGGGCGAGAAGACACCGGUCAUCAUGCAGAGCGAGAACGGCCCCUGCCCACUGCUGGCCAUCAUGAACAUCCUCUUCCUGCAGUGGAAGGUGAAGCUGCCUGCCCAGAAGGAAGUGGUCACUUCGGACGAGCUGAUGGCUUACCUCGGGGAUUGCAUCUUGUCCAUCAAGCCGCAGGACCAAGCUGAGGCUGUCCAGCUGAACUUCCAGCAGAAUGUCAAUGACGCCAUGAUGGUCCUUCCCAAGCUCUCCACGGGGCUGGACGUCAACGUGAAGUUCACCGGGGUCGCCGACUUUGAAUACACGCCCGAGUGCCUCGUGUUUGACCUCAUGAAUGUCCCCCUUUAUCACGGCUGGCUGGUGGACCCCCAGACUCCCGAGGUGGGCCAAGCCGUCGGCAAGCUGAGCUACAACCAGCUGGUGGAAAAAAUUAUCACUUGUAAACACUCCAGUGACCCAAACUUGGUGACGGAAGGCCUGAUUGCGGAACAGUUUUUAGAGUCCACGGCAUCGCAGCUCAGCUACCACGGGCUGUGUGAGCUCACGUCCACGGUCAAGGAAGGCGAGCUGAGCGUCUUCUUCCGAAACAACCACUUUAGUGCCAUGAUCAAGCACAAGAGCCACCUCUACCUGCUGGUGACCGACCAGGGUUUUUUGAACGAAGACCAGGUGACCUGGGAGAGCCUGCACAACGUGGACGGUGACAGCUGCUUCUGCGACGCUGAGUUCCGCCUGAGCCACGCGCUGGGAAAGGAGGCGGCGGGGGGCUCCCCGGUGGAUCAGAGGCAAGUGGACCAGGACUACAUGAUUGCCCUGUCUCUCCAGCGCCAGCAAGGGGGUCCGGCCCUGAGCGAUCUGGAGCUGGCGCAGCAGCUGCAGCAGGAGGAAUACCAGCAGCCCCCACCGCCAGCCCCCUUGCCCUCCCCAGCACAGGGGAGAAGCCCACCGGCCCAUCGCCCUACUGGAGAGCGCAGACAGCGGCCGAAGGUGGACACGGACUGCACAGUCCUCUGAGGUCAACCUGCGGGCGUCCCACGAGAGCCCCCCCCUCCUUCCAGGGCCUGCAGCUGAGAAGGAACCCCUCCCCUCUAUUUGCUACAGGGGCACUUCAGACAGGGCUCUCCUGCAACACCCAAAAAUGCUUCAGAAGGGGGGAGGGCUCCACACACCUGGGGGACGCCUCCCCGUAGUGGAUUUGUGUCUCCCACUUGGGAGGAUGAGCGUGGGAAGGGGGAUAGAGAAGCGAAGAGGGGGCUAAGCCUGGGCCGGUCUCCCCACGGAGGCUCGGCCAAUUUAUGGGGGUCUUCCGUGGGAGUUUCCCAUCUUGGGGGGGGGGGGCAGAAGGCUGCUUCCGUUGGAGGAACUGAGUCCAGAGCCAUCGGGAUGAGGGCCACCCGUGCACGGAGGAAGGACCGCCUGCAAAGUUACAAUGGGAGCCAUCCAACGGGAGCAGUUUCCGCCCUACGGAAACAUGGAUUUCUUCGCCAACAACAGAGCCUGGCACCUUUUGGGAGGCUUUAAAACUCUUGUUUUUUCCGCCUUCUCAAAGGCAGUCAAAACCGGGCAGAAACGUCUCCGUGGUGGAGUCCAAAUGAGCUCUUUCUCUCUCUCUCUUUUCCCCCUGGUUUUUGAGGGCUAAGGACUGGACUAAAUUCUGCAUUGCUAAGGCCUCCGUUUUGAGUCGAUUAAUCAAUUAAACCUGCCUCUGUUUACAUUGGAAUAAAGCAAGUCCUUCUGAA